AUGUCUGAUGUUACCAACUCGCGCACUCCGGCUUCGGGCCGGGGCCUGCAGCUGAACAAGAGACAGGAAGAGGCGUUGAUUCGAAUUUCCAAGGAGCGCCAGGGUACCAACUAUUUCAGCGAGCAUUCUAAGGCUUUCUGGCUUGAGAUUUCCAAACUUCUCUUGAAGGAGACCGGUCGUGUGUAUUCGUGGCAGUCUUGCCGGCGUCGCAUGACUGCAUGGGAAUCGCCUAUCAUGCGUGCUCCCUGUGUUCACCGGGAGAAGCCAUCUUAUCCUCGUGAAGAACUUGAGGAAGUUGAGGAAGAGGCUACCCAUUCCUCGGCCAUCACCAGGAGGAAUUCCAGCCCUCCCGUCUUGGAAGAGAGGGACAACGACCUGCCUCAUCCUCCAUUCAUCUUAAAACGCGCCAUGAACUCAACUGAGCACCCUGUUCAGCAGGAGAUCAUCGAUCUGCACUGCAACGUAAUCGACCUUGUGCAGUGUACCAUGACCUCUCUUGAGGCUCAGGUCAAAUGCCUGACCAACAUCCUCGCCACCAACAAGAACUCAUGUGAAGCUAUCACCGAUGCCCUCCACCUUCUGAAGGGGGAAGUCACCAAGGCCAUCAGCGAUUACGAACGCUCCAAUUAG